AUGAGAAAGGACGCAGAUGCAAUUUGUGAUGUAAAUACAGACAACAAUGAAAAUUUAGCCUUAUUUGAUGAAGUUGAUCACGAUUAUUAUAAGCACCUACCAGUACUGGAAGAUUAUGUGGUUGAUAUUGUUAAAUACACUUCUGGUUUUAUUGUUUCUAAAAUUAAAAAAAAGAAAAAUCUUUGUAAAAUAUAUGACUUACAUUUAUCACAAGAAAUAGAUUUAGAUAGGUACACCAUUAUUAUUAAAAAUAAAAUCAAAGGGCAAAUUAAUAAAUUCAUCGUCGGAUGUAAAUAA